CUCGCGAUCCGCGAGGCGGAUGCUACCGGGAACGCGCGAGAGUCGCAGGUGUGGGUAACCGAUGUAACAAGAGCCGAGACACGGAUCUUACUCCUAGCUCUCCUGCACUCUGUGCCGGGGACCCCGUGGCGGAAUCGCGGUGGCGCGGACGGUCGCUUCACGGGGGGUUUAUUGGUCUUCGAUUAGAGGCAGGUGGAGGUGUCAGGUGUAACGCGUAGGAAAAGUUCGCUACAAACGGGUUUCGUGUCGUCGUUGAGAAACGUUCGCUGAUUGAGGAUUCAGCGGAGUGAUAGGAAGCUUGAGGGGGUAGCAAGCGGAUCGAGGAUUCAUCGAUCCCCGGAUGGUUUUUGUGGUAAACAAAUCGAGGAAAUUUCCGAGCGGGUAGCAACAGGGUAACCACUUGCGGAUGGGAUCGUAACCGAAGCCAGCGAGACGUGUUGUUCGUAGUUCUCGGAAGAAAGGAGAGAGUCGUCGUUGUGCGUUCGCGUUAAUCUACCUCGGAUUUAUCUGGAGAUACUGAAAGCAAGGUUCUAAAGAGUUCCAGGAGGGAAUCUGGCGUUGGUUUUGGAUCGCGCGAUUGCCGAUCGGAUUUCCAGGGUUAUAGAAACAGUAUCGAGAGGCGAGGACAAGGAGUAUCCUUUCGCGGAGGGAAGGAAGAAGCUUCGAUCGAUUUUUGACGCGUGACACGAGCGGUAUUAUCCUUCGUUUGCGUUCAGGACGCGCCUCCUGUUGAUUAGAAGCGCUAAUGGCAACGGCUGUCGAUCGAUCAUCGACCUCGUUAGCCAGGGAGAUUCUUCGUCGAUGAUUACGCACGCUGGGUUGAUUUGUUGAACGAAACCGAAGAUAAAGCGGGUGUACAAAGGGGAACGCCUGGUAGGCAUUUUCGAGUCGGUUGGUGUGCGCGUGAUAUCGUCGUUGUAAUUCAAGUUGAAACAAACCAGUGUUUCAACAGAGAUCUUCUUAAAAUCAUUGAUCUAGCAAGGUGUUCGAAAGCGAUGAAUUUCACUAAACGGCCUAGCGUAAAGUUCGAUUGUUAAGGGAUUCGCGGCACGUCGCCGAUAUCGUGAGUCCAAGUUCCAGUGAUAGUAAUCGGUUAAAGCGUUCGAUGGUGUGCUUAGCGCGAAGAUAACGUCCUUGAAACUUUUCCGUGCGGAUCAGAGGGGGCUGACUCGGAACAUCGCCGAGAUGCUCUAGGCCCGACAUCAUGACUACAGCCGAAAGGUCGUGAUCGAUCGGCUCGGCAUCGAUGGCCUAAAAGAACUUUAAACGUGCAAGGUCAUUAUGCAUACCGAGAAAACGGGGACAAUCUAAAGUGCAAGUGAAUCGAGUUGCAAGGAGUUCGUCUCGGGCCGGACACAGAACCAACAUUUCGGCUGUUUCGCGGGGAUAACUUUCGCGAGGCCUAGCCGACCUAUUUAUCUGCGGGAGAAGAACAUAGUAAGUCUCACCCGGGAAGAGAGGGACCUCUUCGAGACGGUUCAGAUGACGCGAUAACGGGAUCUGCUGAUCCGCGCGAUGCCGUGUCAAGGACACCAGAGGAAACGGGAACGCACCGGUAUUAACGCAAUGUGGCAUGCCGAUCACGGUGCCUCCGUAAACGAUUCGCAGGCUUUCCACGAGACUCCGAUGACACGGUCGUAUGCACCGAGGCGACGAUAACGUUCGCCGUUUCUUCCAGUUCGCUACGACAGCUUGCUGCCAACGUUCGGACUAACGUUAUCAACGAAACUGUAGAACGAGCCUAACGGGUUUAUUCACGAAAAGAAGACAACGGAGUGAGGAUUCAGUCAAUAAACGUCGAAAAGGGAUCGAACCAAAAGAGAUUCCUUGUUAUUUUAGAUAAUAGCCUAAAGGAGCCAAGCUGUAAGAUUGAAAUAUUUAGCAUACGAGAAAGGUGUUUACUAAAUGAGACCUAUCAAGGAACGAGUGAAUCAAGCGGUCCAGAAAGCAAUCUCCGUCUUGUGCAGCCUGACGAACCAGGACGCCCGGCCUCGGUAUCAAUCCAGCCUCUGACCCGAAAUCAGCGGACAAAGCAGCCCCGCCGGCACUCGAUGAGUCCUAGUGAAGAUAAGGAUCCUCGAGCACCCUCGAUCGUUCGCCACGAAAGCCUGAAGAAGAUCCGGUUGGCACCUAUCUGAGAGCGGUCGGGUGAUGCGCGGGAGCAGCUCCGAGCUCUUGCUGGAGGCGAGCUGCGUCCAGUGUCAGAGCGAUCAUCACGGACAGCAUAGGCAUCAGCAGCACCAGCUGAACGAGAAGCACGACUUCCAGAAGCGCGAGCUACGUCGUCGCAAGCUGUUGGAGUUCGGGUUCGGCGCUUCGCGGCGCCGACCGCCACGGCGUACCUGCCGUCAGCGGUUCAACUUUUAUGCUACCUCGGCGUUGGCCUUCGUCGCGACGUCCGGCGGUGCGGCGUUGCUCUUCCUGGUGCCACUGUACGUCGAUCCGGCGAUCAGCACACUGGCAGCCGAUUUCUCGCCCGAGCCGGUCAUCUGCACCACGUCCAGGCGCGAGGAGCUCUACGGCCUGUUCAACUGCACAUGGAGCUCGUGCCGCGAGGGAUGCACCAGCGAUGUCUACAGGUGUACGCAUAUCUACGUCACGUAUACGCCAUGGAGCAACGCCAGCAUGAAGAACGACACUGGCGGUAAAGGGAACUCCUCGAGCUCUGCCGGCGUCGUGCACACCUCCACCACUCCCGUGCCGACGCCGGGUGACGUCGAGGCGGCCCUCCUGGUGAACAUCAAAGGGUGCGGGUAUCCGCCGAUCGUUGACUGCGACAAUUUCACCCGGGAAUUGGGCUACGAGGGUGCGAAGUUCCCCUGCCAUUAUAGCCGUGUGAACGGCAGCAUAGUGAUGGCGAACUAUGACCGCGAGGCGCAGGUUACCACCAUCAUACACUUCUUCGCGGCACCGUUCGUAGUGACUCUCGCGACCAGCGUCGCUCUGUGUGUGAUGCACUGUGACUGUAGGUGCAGUCCGCCGCCCCGACAUUCGUCGCGCGGGAUCCGAAGGGGCAGAGGCAACGAUCUCAGAAUCGAGUUAUGUAAAUUCUGCAACAUACAUAUCGGCGAUUAGAACGUCACUGUUAAAUACUCGGUGUGAGUAUACACCAGCUCGGUGUGUUGGCAGCAAGCAGUUGCGGUCAAAGUGAUUACGUCCAAGUGUUUGGUGUGGAGGAUACAUUAAAUGUUAAAAAUUGCUUCUUGAAAGUAUUAUUUAAUGUUAUUAAUAAUCUUAUUUUCAUACAUUUUGUACAUUCAAACAUGAUAUUAACGUAUAAAAUCCGUGAACGUAUGUAGAUACUUUUAUUUUUUAAUUUGCUGGCAAGUAAAGCACUAAAGAACUGCAAAACUUUUCGUAUAUAAAAUGUUCCUAAACUUGCUGUAUUCGUAGGACCUUUUUUAUACUUGGUAUUAAUAGAAUGCAUUUUGAAAGUUUUAUUACCUAUUUUAAAG